UCGGUUCUAGCCCCGCCGGCCGCGCCAUGGAGUCGCCCGCGCCGAGCCCGCCCGCCGGCGCGCCCCCCGCCAAAGGAAAGGCCAAGAGGAAGAAGGACUUGCGGAUCGCCUGUGUGUCCAAGCCGCCCGCGCCCAGCCCCACGCCCCCUAGGAACCUGGACUCCCGGACCUUCAUCACCAUUGGAGACAGGAACUUUGAGGUGGAGGCCGAUGACCUGGUGACCAUCGCGGAGCUGGGGCGUGGAGCCUACGGGGUGGUGGAGAAGGUGCGGCACGCCCAGAGCGGCACCAUCAUGGCUGUGAAGCGGAUCCGGGCCACCGUGAACUCCCAGGAGCAGAAGCGCCUGCUCAUGGACUUGGAUGUGAACAUGCGCACCGUCGACUGCUUCUACACCGUUACCUUCUACGGGGCCCUCUUCCGAGAGGGAGACGUGUGGAUCUGCAUGGAGCUCAUGGACACGUCCCUGGACAAGUUCUACCGGAAGGUGCUUGAGAAAGGCCUGGUGAUUCCCGAGGACAUCCUGGGGGAGAUUGCUGUGUCUAUAGUGAGGGCCCUGGAGCACCUGCACAGCAAGCUGUCCGUCAUUCACCGAGACGUGAAGCCUUCGAACGUCCUCAUCAACAAGGAGGGCCACGUGAAGAUGUGCGACUUUGGCAUCAGCGGCUACUUGGUGGAUUCCGUGGCCAAGACGAUGGACGCCGGCUGCAAGCCCUACAUGGCGCCCGAGAGGAUCAACCCGGAGCUGAACCAGAAGGGCUACAACGUGAAGUCGGACGUCUGGAGCCUCGGCAUCACCAUGAUAGAGAUGGCCAUCCUGCGGUUCCCCUACGAGUCCUGGGGGACCCCCUUCCAGCAGCUGAAGCAGGUGGUGGAAGAGCCAUCCCCUCAGCUCCCGGUGGACCGCUUCUCUCCGGAGUUUGUGGACUUCACUGCCCAAUGUUUGAGGAAGGACCCCGCGGAGCGCAUGAGCUACCUGGAGCUGAUGGAGCACCCUUUCUUCACCUUACACAAAACCAAGAAGACGGACAUCGCUGCUUUUGUGAAGAAGAUCCUGGGAGAGGACUCGUAGGAGGACCCCACAGCCCAGAGACCUCCGCGGGGGCCAGGCUUGCCCACACCCCUGAGCUGCUGCCACUGGCCGUGGGCAUCCUGGUCCCAAGCGCCAAGCAAUCACACUGUUGGGGCUCCCCGCGGCUCCCAUGGGCCUACCAGUUCUCUGUCCUGCUGCUUCAAGGACACCAAGUCUUCAGCCCCCGAGACCCUGGACUUGGGGGGACCUGGAUGCCCCCAUAUGCUGCCGCCGCUCACAGAGAAGGCAGCCGGCACCUGUGCACUGCCUGGGCCUGCCUGGGUACCAUCAGUUGUAUAUUUUUUUACUUCUUGACUGAAUGGACUUCGCACACUUUGACUCAGGACGUGGCGCUGGUGGUGUGGGUACGGACGGGGUGAGCCUGCUGAGCCCUGCGGAGACGCAGCUGCUGGAGCCCUCGCCAGCCUGCACCGGGCCUCCAGGACCCAGCGCCCUGCCCCUCCUCUCCCAUCAAGGGGCGUCUGUUCACUUUUUGUUUAAUUUAUCCUCUUCUUCCCUCUGCUUUGUGGGCUGGGCUGGGUUUGUGCUGCUGGUGUUGUGGUGUUGCUGGUGUGGAGCCGCCGGGGGCCCGCAGCCAAGACUCACCUCUGCUCAGGUGCGUCCAGGAGGUUGGCCUCCAGUCCCUGCUCAGACACUCCUCAGGCUGGCCUGGCAGGCUGUAGAUUUGCUUAAUAGUGUGUGUGUGUGUGUGUGUGUGUGUGUGUGUGUCUAUACACACAUAUACAAAUAUGCUUUUUUUCUUUUUUUCAAGAAAGGACUGCCUGUCCUGGGUCCUGUCCCUGAUGGGUUGGGGCAGUUACCUGUUUGCUGUUUUAAUUAAAAAAAAAAAAAGGUCC